AUGAGUUCUUCUGCCAAGUCUGCUAGCGGUAGCUUUAAAAUAAAAAUACCUGCAAAGAGAACAUCUGCAUCUACCUUUGAUCAGACCAAAAGGAGGAGAAAAGGGCAAGAAGAGGAGGCGGAAGUGCGCGUAGAAGAGCAGUUUAUACUUAGAUUGCAGAUACCAGAGGAAGAUCGAGAAAAGUUUCGGGAGCAAGUUCGAAACCGGCAUUAUGUUGAUGAUAUAGCUAUACUGUUUAAAGAUCCGCGACAUGCGAUAUUCAAGUUCAAUGAUCAGAAAUACAGCGCAAGGCUUGUUGAUCUUCCGUGUAUAAUAGAGUCUCAAAAAACAUUUAAUAAUAAACAAUUUUAUAAGAUUGCUGAUAUAUGCCAGAUGCUAGUAGUGGAAUGGCCAAUCGAAGAUGAAUCACAAUUGAACGAGUAUAAAACUUCAAUGAAUAUGGAGGAUUUUAUCUGGUCAGAUGGACUGGCACCUCCGUUGAGAAAUGUGCGGAGGAGACGAUUCAGAAAACGGCUGUCAAACAGGGCAAUAGAAGAAGUAGAAAGGGAGGUUGAACGGUUGUUGAAAGCAGACGCACAAGCUGAAAGAGUACAAUACGAUCUGGUAGAAGACGUCAUGGACUCGGAAAUAGGUACACCAGGCCUUGCCCUUGAUAAUUCGUAUGAAGCAGAAGCCGAGGCUGGUGAAGAAUUCUAUGCUGUUGGAGAAGAUGCCGUUGAAGAAGCGAUGGCUGAAUUACUGGAAAAUAAAAAGAAAUUGGAACAAGAAAUAUCCGAAACUCAAGAAUUGAUACAAAAGAAACGAAAUGAUCUGGCAGCAACUGAAAACCCUAUAAUGAAGGAGAGAUUCGAGAAGACAAUAAGUAGGCUCACCAAUGAUCUCGAGUCGAAACAAGCACAAUUAAGCGAAACAAAUACCAGAAUGAAUGCUAUGCAAUCUACGAAUGACAAUAAAACGGAACAGAUGAAGUUGGAAUAA